AAGACGGCUGAAAGGAGAGCACCGCUCUCAAAAAAUCCUCUCACUUUUUCCCAUGUCUCGUCGCUGGAGAGAAAAGAGAAGUAAAAUUCCCACCCGUACGGACCAUGGCAGUUGCCGCCCGGUCUCACGACGCCGGGGAUUCCCGGAAUCUGACAACCCGGAUCUGACCCACAUGCCCGGAGAUUCAAAACCCUAGAAAAGCCUCCCUCCUUCUCUCUCUCUCUCUCUCUCUCUCUCCCUCUCUCCCUCCUCUCUCUCUGCAAUUCCUCGAUCUCGAUUUCCUCUGUCCGUCGAGAGAUGUACGUAGUCCCUCCGCCUCAGGGUUCCGACCGGAGCGCCGCGGGAGCACCGGACGCCGUGGCGCCGCGGACUUACGAAACCUGGAAAGGCAGCAAUAUAUUUUUCCUUCAAGGGCGGAUUAUAUUUGGACCCGAUGUGAGAUCUUUGGCGCUGACCAUAUUUCUCAUUGCUGCUCCUUCCGCAAUAUUCUGUGUAUUUGUUGCUAGAAAACUAAUGGAUGAUUUUCCUCACCAUCUGGGGAUAUCAAUAAUGGUGGUCGCUGUUGCAUUCACAUUAUACGUUUUAUCUCUUCUCCUGUUCACCUCCGGAAGAGAUCCUGGUAUUAUACCACCUAAUUUACAUCCGCCAGAGCCAGAAGGCCAUGAUGGGAGCAUGGAAGUUGGAGGUGGCCAAACUCCGCAGCAGUUGCGCCUACCUCGCAUGAAGGAUGUUGUUGUCAAUGGGAUCACUGUGAAGAUCAAAUACUGUGAUACCUGCAUGCUGUAUCGGCCCCCUCGCUGCUCCCACUGUUCCAUCUGUAACAACUGUGUGGAACGUUUCGAUCACCACUGCCCUUGGGUAGGGCAGUGUAUUGGGUUGCGCAACUACCGGUUCUUCUUCAUGUUUGUCUUUUCCACAACUCUGCUGUGUAUAUAUGUAUUCGGGUUUUGCUGGGUGUACAUCAAGAGAAUCAUGGAUGCUGAACACAUCACAAUCUGGAAGGCAAUGACCAAGACUCCCGCCUCCAUUGUGCUCAUAAUUUACACUUUCAUAUCAGUUUGGUUUGUUGGUGGCCUCACUGUCUUCCACUUGUAUCUCAUCAGCACGAACCAGACAACCUACGAGAACUUCAGAUAUCGAUAUGAUCAGCGGGCUAACCCAUAUAAUCAAGGGGUGGUGAAGAACUUCAAAGAGGUGUUCUUUACGAGCAUUCCUCCGUCAAAGAAUAAGUUCAGGGCAAGAGUACCACAGGACCUGGGGAUGCAACUACGUUCAGUGGGUGGAGGGUUUAUGAGUCCAAACAUGGGGAAAGCUGUUGGGGAUCUGGAAGUGGGUAGAAAGGCGACAUGGGGAGAGGCAAGAGAAGGGACGGCUGAUCUUGAAGCAGGCUUCAGCCACGAUGGUUUGGAGAACAAGGAUGGUGGGUUCAUUGGUGAGGCUUCCCCGGAUUUGAGCCAGGCCCUCCCAACAGAGGGCAUGGAGGGGCGGGCUGGGGUUCAUCACCCAAGGCGUUCCAGUUGGGGCAGAAGAAGUGGGAGCUGGGAAAUAUCGCCUGAUGUCCUUGCGAUGGCAGCAGAGGCUGGGGAAUCGGAUAGGAUUGGCAGCGGCAGCAGCACGAACGGAAAUCAUCGAUAGGAUGGUCUGGUUGGAUUGGGCUUGAACGUUUUGGUGGUAGGAUGCUGUAAGUUAUGUUGCAUGUGUUUGUACUGACUGGCGCAUCGGGACACUAUUCAGGACCCGAUGGAUCAGCAGCCUAUAGUUUCUCUUACCUCCAGUGAAUGGAUGUGUUGCAGUUGUGGAAGUGUCCGGUUUGUUGGUUUUCUAGGGUUUUGCUUAUUCGAGGACUUUGAUUAUCAGUACUGAGGUUUGUCUGAAUUUGGGUGUACAGGGGCUGAAAUCUUGCAGAGGACGCUCUGAUUUCCACGGA